UGUGUCCCAUCAACAUGUUCUGGAAGUUCGAUUUGAACACAACAUCACACGUGGACAAGCUGCUGGAUAAGGAAGAUGUGACACUGCACGAGCUGAUGGAUGAAGAUGACAUCUUACAGGAGUGCAAGGCUCAGAACCGCAAGCUGCUGGAUUUCCUCUGCCAGCAGCACUGCAUGGAGCAGCUGGUCACCCUCAUCACCCACGAGCCCCCCCUGGACAUGGACGAGAAGGUUCGCUUCAAAUAUCCAAACACAGCCUGUGAACUGCUGACCUCGGAUGUGCCACAGAUCAACGACAAGCUGGGAGGGGAUGAAACUCUGCUGAAUAUCCUCUAUGACUUCUUGGAUCACGAGCCUCCUCUGAACCCUUUGCUUGCCAGUUUCUUCAGUAAGACUAUUGGGAAUCUCAUUGCAAGAAAAACGGAACAGGUGAUUGCAUUUCUGAGGAAGAAGGAGCAGUUCCUUGGCCUGGUGCUGAAGCACAUCGACACGUCGGCGAUGAUGGACCUGCUGCUGCGCCUCAUCAGCUGCGUGGAGCCCGCGGCCCUGCGCCAGGACGUGCUCAACUGGCUCAAUGAAGCAAAGAUUAUUCAGAGACUUGUGGAGCUGAUCCAUUCAAGCCAGGAUGAGGACAGGCAAUCAAAUGCUUCCCAGACCCUGUGUGAUAUCAUAAGAUUGAGCAGAGACCAGAGCAAUCAACUCCAGGAUAUGCCUGAGCCUGAUCCCCUUCUCACAGCACUGGAAUCGCAGGAAUGUGUGGAGCAACUCCUGAAGAAUAUGUUUGAUGGAGAGCAGACUGAAAACUGCAUAGUGAAUGGGACACAAGUUCUUCUAACCUUGCUGGAAACGAGGCGCUCUGGAGUGGAAGGACUGAUGGACUCAUACACUCAGGGAUUUGAAAGGUCUUACACUGUCAACAGCAGCAUCUUACACGGUAUUGAACCAAGGCUAAAGGAUUUCCACCAGCUGCUGCUCAGCCCUCCCAAGAAAACAGCAAUCCUGACCACCAUCGGGGUCCUGGAGGAGCCCCUGGGCAACGCGCGUCUCCACGGCUCCCGCCUGAUAGCUGCUCUGCUCCACACCAACACUCCCAGUAUUAACCAGGAACUAUGCAGACUCAGUACCAUGGAUUUAUUACUUGACUUAUUUUUUAAAUACACGUGGAAUAACUUUUUGCAUUUCCAAGUGGAAUUGUCCAUAGCAGCUAUUCUCUCACACUCUGUGCAAGAGGGGAAAACUACUACUAAUGACCCAGAAAGCAAAGAAGAGGUGCUGAAUGGGAACGUGGCCACGGAGAACUCGGAGACCCCGGAGAGCAGUCCUGAGAAUAUCAUGGUCACUCAUCUGUUCCAGAAGUGCUGCCUCGUGCAGAGGAUACUGGACGCCUGGGAAGCCAAUGACAAAAUACAGGCAGAAGGUGGCAUGAGGAGGGGCAACAUGGGCCACCUCACCCGCAUAGCCAACGCCGUGGUGCAGAACAUGGAGAAGGGCCCCAUGCAGACCCAGAUCAGUGAGUUCAUCAAAGAGCUCCCUGAAGAUUGCAGAGGGAGGUGGGAGAGUUUUGUAGAAGAGACACUGACAGAGACAAACAGGAGGAACACAGUGGACCUGGUGAGCACUCACCAUUUGCACUCCUCCAGUGAGGAUGAAGACAUUGAGAGUGCUUUUCCCAAUGAACUUUCUCUCCAACAGGCCUUCUCCGAGUACCAGAUCCAGCAGAUGACAGCCAACUUUGUGGAUCAGUUUGGCUUUAACGAUGAGGAAUUUGCAGACCAGGAUGAUAAUAUCAAUGCUCCCUUCGACAGGAUUGCAGAGAUCAACUUCAACAUCGACGCGGACGAUGACAGC